AUGGCUCUUGAGCCGGGCUCUGGCCGGCGCUCCGUCUCCCCGGAGAGCUCAGGGCGGGACUCCCCCCUGCCGCGCCAAUGGAGAAACCAACUCGGUGCCGAGGAGGCUCCGUCAAAGGAUAAGCACUACCGCAAGUACGCAUCCGGCGUUGAGAGGGCCCUGACCCUCUUCGAGACAGCCCUACAGGAGUGGGCAGACUACAUUUCCUUCCUCAACCGCUUGCUUAAGGCAUUACAAGCUCGACAUCCCUCGACCACCACCAUCCCUGCGAAAUCGACCGUUGCGAAGCGACUCUCCCAAUGCCUCAACCCCUCCCUGCCAUCGGGCGUCCACCAAAAGGCCCUCGAAGUUUACAAUUACAUCUUCGCGACGAUAGGACAAGAUGGACUGUCCAAAGAUCUGCCGCUCUACCUCCCCGGUCUGGCGUCGACGCUCUCCUUCGCCUCCCUGUCCGUCAGGACUCCCUUCCUUGACCUUCUGGAAACCCACUUCCUCAGUCUCGAUCCUCGAUCCCUGAGACCAGCCAUGAAGUCCGUCGUUCUAGCUCUCCUGCCAGGUCUGGAAGAUGAGACCAGCGAGGACUUUGAUCGGACACUACGGUUGAUGGAGAGCUUCAAGAAGUCGAUACGGCCGGCAGGGAGCGAGGAACUGGAGGGUCUACACUCGACUGGUGAUGAUUUCUUCUGGCAAUGCUUCUUUCUAGCCUCCAUCACAGGUUCUAGUCGCAGAGCGGGCGCUUUGGCAUACCUUGUGAGGAAUCUGCCCAAACUGGGCGACUCGCUGGCUCAGGGGAAGCCUGUCAAGAAUGGGAUCUCGGAGGAGGAGCACUCUACCCAACUGGCACAAAUGGUUACCUCCCCUGAACCGGGACUGCUUUUGCGCUCUUUCGCAGCUGGUCUUGCCGAUGAGCAGUUGCUGAUCCAGCGCGGGUUUCUGGACCUGCUGGUCACGCAUCUCCCAUUGCACUCAAAGGUGCUCCAGAACAGCGUCAAGCCGGGCGACUUGGAGCUUCUGCUGCGUGCGGCCGCCGGUGUCGUUAUACGAAGGGAUAUGAGUCUAAACCGAAGGUUGUGGGCAUGGUUUCUGGGUCCUGAACCAGCGCCAACGGAGAGCGAGAGCGGCAUGGAGUCACCCUCAUCGACUGAACCACACAACGCCUAUUUUGCGUCCAAGACCAGCUAUUUCGAGGACCAUGGUCUUCGCCCGUUGACACGAGCACUGCUGAGCAUGAUUCAUGUCGAUCGAGAAUCAAGCCCUGCAGAGAGGGCACGGCCUUACAGGAUAUGCCUAUCGUUGAUGGAUCGCUGGGAGAUUGGUGGACUCGUCGUUCCCGAACUUUUCCUCCCCAUCAUCAACAGUGUCCGACAAUAUCGGGGCCAGUCACCAAGCAAAGCCGACUUCAACGAAGUUUUCCGUAGUGCGAGCGUGUUCUUUGAUGGCGUCGAAAGUGGGCUCAUCUACGGCGAGAUCGUUAGCCUGCUUGCUCAGGCAAUCGGCCCAGGAAACGUGUCCGACAAGGAGCGCCUGGAUAAGCUCGACUUGGUGAACUUCAUUUUGGCUAAUUUCAAUGUACGUGAGGAAGAGAUGAUCACCAUCCACGCGCCGCUCACUGCUUUGUCCAUCUUGUCGAUGCUGGAGGACACGAGAGAGAGACAGAAAUCGUCCACCGUUUCGCCAACGAAAGGCUCUGGCAAAAUCGCCGAAGAGGCGCUUAGCAUCUCGCUCGCUCUGCUGGAUCUCGUGCCAGACCGAGCCUUUCCCGCAGCUGGUGAUAAGUCCAAAAGGACUGUAGAAGCCGGUGUUCUGGCGUCACUGUCGGCAGUCGAAGUCUUGAAGAGGAUCAAGUCGUUUUAUGUUGAUGAGCAGGGCAACCUCGAUGCCAAUAUUCCGUUCACGCCGAUCGAAGUCGGCGAGCUUCUUCUGCGCAAAUCAGGUCAGCUCGUCUGCGAUGGCUUGAAGAACACCGACUCGGAUUCGGACUUGGGUGCGAAGGGAAGAAUUCUUACAGCUCUUCUAUUGAAGGUUCCAUCGGCGUACCAUUUAGACGCGAGUUUCCUCAUGAAAUGUCUCCACGACCGUCUCAAACACUCCGACAGGCUGUCAUUUGUCUCUUUCAACUCCAUCCUUUACUUAUCUGCUCAUCUCUACUCCGCCGAGCGUAUCGAGCUGCCUGACCUUUCCGAACUUGUCACUCCGCUGGUCCAACAUGCUUGGGAGUUUCUGUCAGCCUCAGAACCCAAGUACCACGUCGAAACAGUCAGAUCUCUAUGGCAGCUUCAGACUGCUUUGACUGUCCAGAACCGAGACAUUGAAGCAGCCCUGGCAAGUCUAAUAAUUGAAAAUGAUGUUCAGGGCUCGUUUGCGUCCCGUCCUGCCGAUGCGGGCCGUCGCUUUAGCGUGCUAUGGUCUCACUCACUACAAGAUUCUCACGCCGACAGACGCGGGUCAAAAACACCAAUGAUUGAAAAGCCGCCGCAGAUUCGCUUGGCUGGAUCGGAAUACUACGACGUAAUGCUGACUCGGCCUUUGUUUCUGAUGCUGGAUGCCCUCCUAGACGAGAGAACUCAACUGUUCAUGACUGUUAAAGGAUGGCUGAACAGUUUAGUUGGCACUGACAAGUUGUUCUUAAUAUUCGUUCGAAAAUUCGCAUCCCUUCCUUUCCUCAGGGCCAGCCAUGCCAUCGGCUCGCCUGCGGCGUCGGCAGCUUCCACAACCUUUACUGUUGAUGACGACCUGGAUGUUUGUCUUUACUACCUGAGAACAUUGUCAAACGUUCUACGCUGGGCCCCGGACGUGAUUUGGGCUGUAUUGGCCUCGACCUCGCUCACAGUCGAUGCAGAGCACCCAGAAAUCUCACAGAUGACUGGCCAUGAGGGAGAGAUUUCCAUGCAAGAGGUUUUCAUUCACGUCUGCCUGCGAUGCAUCGCUGGAAACAACGAACCGGAGGAGCAACUCAAGAUACGAUCUACUCAGCUCCACCGCUACGCCCUGACUGUUAUGCACCAAAUCCUCCUCAACCCCUACGCCGAGCCUCUUGCAAGCCUUCACUUGGAGAAUGUUCUUAUCGAACGCCUCCUCCAAUCGCUAAACGGAACGGACCCAUACGUCCAGGUUCUUCUUCUGGAUGUCGUAUUUGACGCGCUCAAGCUUCGGGACGUGAUGAUCGCUGAUGUCCCGGGUUCCCCGACAUCUGAAAAGAGGAAGCUGAGUCUGGAGCCCUCCAAGAGCAUUAGAGUAUCAACACAGUCAGAGACAAAGCCAACAGCACCACCACCUAACCUACUCAAGUGCCUUCGGGCUGGACUGAGUUCUCCUAGCAGCCGCAGCGUCCUCGACAGUUGGGUCAGUUUCCUAACGGAAUGUCUCCCUUUCUACUCCGACACGAUUUUCCAAGUUUUGAUUCCCCUCGUCGAAACACUUUGCCGGCAAAUUUCCAACACAUUCCAAGAUCUCCAGUCCAUCUUCAGGGAGAAUGGUGGUUCAAAACAGGAUGAAUGGAACGCUCCCGAGUCGACUCUGAUCUCUUUGCUGAACGCCAUUGAACAUGUCCUGGCACGAGCGCACGAGCGACUUCUGGUCGAGGAAGCCAGAACGCAGAUUGUCAAGGGGCCAGACCAGCAGCCAGGAUUCUUCGGCAACAUGGUCUCGGGCGUUUUCAACUCGGACACCCCCCAAACAAGGAGCGCUACUGCGAAUGAUAGACUCACGGUGCAUUUGGCUUUCCAGGAUGCCGUCCGUAUUUGCUUCACCAUCUGGUCGUGGGGUCAAGGGAACGACGCAAAUGCGCAGGACACGACCUCAGUUGCUUCCUUCAGCUACACAUCCCUCAGAAUGAGAAACCGAGCAAGACGGCUGCUUGAGCACCUCUUCGCAGCUGAGACCCUGGAAUGUCUUGAGACCGUCAUUGACAUCUGGAGAAGCUCCAUCAAUAUCACAACACCAGUGCCCUUGUCGGAAGUGUUCAACUUGUUGCCGGCUCUGGAUGGUUCUCGGCCCAAACAUACAAUCCCUGCCAUCUUUAAUGCAAUUUACAGCAGAACCAACCCUGGUGCCCUGGAUGCGUCUCGGAAGUCAACUUUGACAACAUCCUUACAAGACAUCGACCUCGUCACCUUCUUGGUUGAGUACGCCCGCACCCUGGAAGAUGACGCAAUGGAUGAGAUCUGGCUCGACUGCAUGGCCUUCUUGCGCGACUUGUUAACGAACCCGUUCCCGCACCGACAGACGCUACCGAGCCUUCUAGAGUUCGCAGCAAUUCUCGGCGAAAAGGUGGACAACACCAACUUUGGCGAACAACGAAAGAUGAGACGUGAACUUGGGGACCUUUUCCUCCGGCUUCUAACCGCCAUCUUCACCACCAAGCCCUUGACCUUUGCUGACACAGCCCCGUCAUACGAGAAGUCCGACAAGAAUCGUGAUGGAAUUCGUCGGACCACGACGAUCUCACUGGUCAGCGUCCUCGAUAGAGCCGAGGAUGUGGUGGCUAUCCUCGCCUCAAUCGUCCCGAACCUUCCCAAGAUCUUGGUCGAGACUGACCGUGUCUUGUCCGCGGCGAGCACCAUCUCGACGAACGUCAUUGGCCCAGCUUUCAGGGCAAAGGCAUUCCCCGAGACCGUCUCGAAGAACACCCUGGAUUUGCUUCAGGAACUGUCCAGGCUGCCAAGUAAUCAGAAGACGUGGAAAAAAGACGUUAGCGAUGCUUUCAACGAUGCCAGGUUCUUCAACUCAAGCAUCGACUUGGUGCGAAGCGACUGGUUGCCACUGCUGAGGCAGUGGACUGUCAGUGACAAGGAACGCAUGCCCGAACUCCUGAGUCGCAUGAGUCCUCCCACGACUGCUGGUAUCGUUUUUGGUGUCGGAGCCACUUCUGCACGUCUCGAGGCAGACCGGAAAACACAACUGAACCUGCGCCGAACUGCCACGUUGGUGCUCGCUGCCAACGAAGAUGCCUACGUUACGGAGCUUCCUCUCAUCGUAGACAAGCUUGUGGAGCUUCUUGGUGCCACGGCAACGUCCUCGCCAUCUUCUACAACACGUGCAGAGAUUUACAUGCUCAUUCGCGCUCUGGUCCUGAAGACGAGUGCGGUGCACCUGGCAAUGAUCUGGCCAGUCAUCAACGCCGAGCUCCACGCCGCGAUCGCGUCUGUGGUCGCUGCCGACCACAGCACAGCAUCGGAUAUGUACAAUAACCUGUCGAUUUUGCAGGCAUGCAAGUUGCUUGACUUGCUCAUCUGCGUCGCGCCUGAUGAUUUCCAACUCCACGAGUGGCUCUUCGUCACGGACACCAUCGAUGCGGUGUAUCGAUCAACAAACUACCAGCCUGUUGCCCUGGUGGAUGAACUUUCAGAGGAGCUCGGGACCAUGGGCAUUAGUCUGUCUCUGCAGAGCACACCGGCAGCCCACCUGGCCGCGAGCAGCUCACACAGGCGCCCUCUUCUUGGACCGGGCGGCAUCAACGACGAGGUCAGCAUCGACAGGAAAGACGAGCUGGUAGGCAAGAUUUUACGACCAUUCUUCGGCCAGCUGAGCAUCUUCGCGUUCGAGUCGACGUACGCGAUGGCGCCGCUGGACCGAGAAUUUUGCAUUCAGGGGCUACUGAAGGAUUUAUUUGACGAACGUAGCGUGGUAAAGGCGUUGUAA